AGAAGUGUUUAAAGUGUAUUCAUUGCAUGUAAAAUAUAUCGGCAUGCGAUGACGUCACAUCCGGUUUCGCCGCGUCUUGUGGGAAAACACCGGUUUGAAAUUAGCGCGAGGGUGGGGGCUUUCCACGAGGCUCACCUGAGCACAAGCAGUUUUGCAGGCAUGAGAAAUCACAGUGAGAGCAACGCUUUUUCACCAUAUGUUAAUGUGAAGAGUGAACAGUAAAUGGUUAAUCUUACUGCGAUCUGGUUUGCAUUGGCUGUGGUUUAUCCGGACGUUAAAUUCGGCGUUUCGUUACACCCGAAGGAGAACGUUACAGUGAAAAAGCGGCAUUAUCAGGUGUUUCAAGUGCUGCAAUGUCAGCUCAAUCCAGCAUCAAGUCGACGCCGCCCAGCGACAAGGGCAGUAAACCGACAUCAAGUAAGCCCACCCGGGCGUUAUCAGGUGUUCCAAGUGCUGCAAUGUCAGCUCGAUCCGGGAUCAAGUCGAUGGCGCCCAGCGACAAGGGCAGUAGAACGACAUCAAGUAAGUCCGCACAGGCAAGAGCCAAGGCAGAAGCCGCCAAGGUGCUACUGCGUUACGCCAGACAAGAAGCAGUUUUGAAAAUGAAACUGGCCACCAGAGAAGCCGAAAUCCAGAAAGAAAGGGCCGCCAGAGAAGCCGAAAGGGCCGCCAGACAAAGAGAAGAGGCUGCCAGAGAAGCCGAAAUCCAGAAAGAAAGGGCAGUCAGAGAAGCCGAAGAGGCUGCCAGACAAAGAGAAGAGGCCGCCAGAGAAGCCGAAACCCAGUUGGAAAUGGCAAAAAUAUCGACAGAGUUGCAAGUGCUGCAGCUAGAAAGAGAAGAAGAAGCUGCCAUGGCGGAAGCAAAGUACAUAGAACAAGCUGAAGGGUCGCGUGAUCUGACCGAAGUAAGAUCUACUUUAGAAAGGACCAGACUGGAACGCACAAGCGACUAUGUACAAUCUCAAAUAGACAGGCAGGCUCGUCUCCCCUCUCCAUACGUAUUCGAUAACUUCCCCAGCUACGAGGAACCUCAGAGAGUCACGAUUGCAUCACAUCCAUACGAGGAAGGAAAUUUACCCUCACGGCUCCGUGAUGAAGUCAAGAAUGAAAGAACCGACAACGCUCCUUCACCCCCACAACAGGACGGCGGGGAGGGAGAGGUUCACUCCAGGACAACAAUUGUCGGCUCGAACUGUACAGAAGUUUGCGGUCAAACUCAGUCAAGCCGUUCUUGUUCCGAGAUCUGCCUCACUGAGGUGUACCCUAAAGAAGCACAACAAGACAUUACCAAGCGUAAAGUAACCGACGAGACGCUAGGUCAGUCAGUUUUCGUUCAAACCGAGCACGGAAACAAACUUGCACAAUCAGCUCAAGAUACCAUUUCUUUAAAACCCAAAGACACCAAGGUCUUCAGAGAUGAAGCAAAUAAUGGGGUUGCCCCAUUGCCAAUCAGAGAACCACGCCAGCGCUCACCAGAUAACAAAGAGCAGGCAGUCAAACGGUUCACGUCCUUACGGAAAACCCGGAAAAGGAAACCUGAAAUGCAGCAACACACCCGAUUGGCCCACGAGGUACUGUGCACCCUAAUGGCAGAGGUCACAGCCAUUAUAAACGCACAAUCAUUCCUACCUGUGUCUUCUGACCCAGAAAACCCCUUUAUACUUUCGCCAUCAACGCUCCUUACGCAGAAGGCAGGAGCACCUCCUCCACCAGGAGACUUCUCAGACAAGAAUUUGUACACAAGGCAAUGGAGACAAGUCCAGGCUCUGGCAAAUCAGUUCUGGCCUCGCUGGAGACAAAAAUAUCUACCUUUGUUGCAACAGAGACAAAAGUGGACAGAACCCCGAAGGAAUCUUCAAGUUGAAGACUUAGUCCUGCUCAGGGACAAGCAAGUCGCUCGCAACAGCUGGCCAACGGCCAGAAUCACUGCUACAUUCCCUAGCGAGGAUGGACAUGUCAGGAAGAUCGAAUUGAAGACUACCGACCAAGGCGAUGUGAAAAUUUACCAAGGGCCAGUUACAGAAGUUAUUCUACUUCUACCCAAUGACUGAUUAAGAGACUAAGUUUUGUACUCUGCUCAUUGUGACCUUACGAAGGUCAAGCGGGGAGUGUGCUGUCUUUACGACAGUUAUUUAGUUUAUAAUAUUUUCGCUUAGUAAUUCAUUCAAUAGUAUUUUCUAGUUAGAAUUAGAAGUGUUUAAAGUGUAUUCAUUGCAUGUAAAAUAUAUCGGCAUGCGAUGACGUCACAUCCGGUUUCGCCGCGUCUUGUGGGAAAACACCGGUUUGAAAUUAGCGCGAGGGUGGGGGCUUUCCACGAGGCUCACCUGAGCACAAGCAGUUUUGCAGGCAUGAGAAAUCACAGUGAGAGCAACGCUUUUUCACCAUAUGUUAAUGUGAAGAGUGAACAGUAAAUGGUUAAUCUUACUGCGAUCUGGUUCUUAUUAACUGUGGUUUAUCCGGACGUUAAAUUCGGCGUUUCGUUACACCCGAAGGAGAACG